AUGCCAAAAUUCGUUGACCCGGUGCACCUCCAUCAAAAAGAGCAUGAAGACCACGAAGAGGAGGACGAGGAAGACUUUGACCUGGUCGCCGCGAUGAAUGAGAUGACGAUGCACGAGCGCCGCCGGGCGUAUGCACUGAAGGGUCUGCUGAAUGACUACAGGAACGUCCAUGCAAAGUUCCGCGAGGAGCUCGCAUCUCUGCAGGUGGAGCACCUGCACACCACCCAGCAACUGCACAACGUGCGCGCGGAGAUCGUACGCGGGCUGCGUGACGUGACCGACGACGAGAUCGCCGCGCUGACGGUAACAGCGAUCUCUGGUGUGCAGGAGAUCCCCUCCGACGAUGAGGACGACAAACAGGAGAAGGGCAAGGCUCAGUCGCGGGGAGCGGCAGCGGGUAGUGCAGGCAACACCGCAGCGCCGACCAAGUCGGUGAAGGUGGUGACCCUGCAGGAAGAAAAGGGUCGUCUUGAGACCGCGGCCGCCGCCGCAGAUGGAGGCAUUCCGGACUUCUGGCUGACAGCCUUAUGCAACGCGGAGACGAUUGAGUCCAUGAUCACCGAACGCGACCGUCACGCCCUGAGCUUCCUGCAGGACAUUACAACGGAGUACAUCGAAGACGAUCCGCAGAAGGGUUUCCGUCUGAACUUUCACUUUGCACCCAACGAGUAUUUUUCAAACACGGUGCUAAGCAAGACGUACCGCUUGACAUUUGACGAGGAUAGCGGGGAGUUUGAGGUGGACUCUAUGAAAGCCACCCCAGUGGAAUGGAAGUCGGCGGAGAAGAAUCUCACCGUCAUUCUAAAGAAGAAGAAGCAGCGGCACAAGACGAGCAAAAGCAUCCGUGUGGUGACACGCGAGGAGAAGUGCCCAUCGUUCUUCACCUUCUUUACGGACCCACUCGGGGACGACGACGACGAGGAGGAGGAGGAGGCUAGUCAGAGUGCAGAGGCGGGCAAGAAGAAGCAUAAGGAGGAGGAGGAGGAUGACGACGACGAAGAGGAAGAGGAGGCAGAGGCCGAACUGCACAUUGAGGUAGGGCACUUGCUGAUGGAGGAGAUUGUGCCAAAGGCCGCCAUGUUCUACACAGGGAAGUCAGUGGACCAGACGGCACUGGCGCUACAGAGCCAACUGAAUAUCCAGUUUCUCGACGACGACGACGACGACGAGGACGAGGACGAAGAGGAGAAGGAGGAGGACAAGAAGAUUGGCAACACCCACGGCAAACGGCGGCACACCACUCAACACCGUGGCGGCGGCGGCGGCGGCGGCGGCAAAGAGGAGCAGCAGUGCAAGCAACAGUAG